CAAAUGUGUGCUAGAUACCAGAAGAAUCACUGCUAGCCAUGUUUAAAAAAAUGAUAACAUAUGGUCUCAAAGUCCGAAAUGAGUGACACUCCCAGUUUCUCGGUGAUUCACCCGACUUCUUCUGAAGGCCACGCUCCUUCCCCUCGUCAUUCAGGUGUCGCUCGUCCCGUGGUGGCCAAGCGGAUCAGUUUCUACAAGAGCGGAGACCCGCAGUUCGGCGGCGUGCGGGUGGUGCUCAAUCCUCGCUCCUUCAAGACCUUCGACGCUUUGCUGGAUAACUUGUCCAGGAAGGUGCCCCUGCCUUUCGGAGUGAGGAACAUCAGCACCCCUCGCGGAAGACACAGCAUCACCAGGCUGGAGGAGCUGGAGGACGGCGAGUCGUACCUGUGCUCCCACGGUCGGAAGAUGCAGCCAGUGGACCUCGACAAGGCCCGCCGGCGCCGGAGGCCCUGGCUGAGCAGCCGGGCCGUCAGCACGCAUGCGCAGCCCCGCCCCGCCGCCGCCGCCCCCCUGGCCGCUGCUCCCGGCAUGCCCCGCGGCGCCGCGCGGAGGCUCGUGGUCUUCCGGAACGGGGACCCCAAGACGAAGCGCGCGGUCCUUCUUAGCAGGAGAGUCACCCAGAGCUUCGAGGGCUUUCUGCGGCACCUGGCGCAGGUCAUGCAGUGCCCGGUGACCAAGCUGUACGCCACGGAUGGAAGGAAGGUUCCUAGUCUCCAGGCAGCAAUACUGAGCUCUGGAGCUGUGGUGGUGGCAGCAGGAAGGGAGCCAUUUAAACCAGGAAACUAUGAGGUUCAGAAGCACUUGCUUCCUGCUAGAUUACCAGGGAUCUCUCAGCGUGUGAACCGAAAGGGAAAAGAAAGCAGAAAGAGUGGAAAUUGGAAAGUUUGCAUAGUGACCAGUGACUUUCCAAAUGCAGGGACCAGCUCACAAGUUUAUAUUAUAUUAUAUGGACAGCAAAGAAGUUCAGCUCCUAUAUAUCUUUAUGGAAGAGAUGGGGCUCCAUUUCAGGAUGGCCAUGAAGACAUCUUUACUAUCACAGUUGGAGAUAUUGGAAUGCUGUUUAAGAUUCGUAUUGGCCAUACCAAUUCUGGACACACCCCUUCUUGGCACUGUAAGAAGAUAGAAUUGCAAAACAUGAGUUCCGGAGAAAAGUUUUACAUUCCUGUUCAACGAUGGUUGGCACGAGAUCAAGAGGAUGGGGAAAUAUGUCGAGAAUUUCCUAUUUUAAAUAAAGGACAACCCAUUCUUCCAGUGACAACAUAUGAAGUAAGUGUGGCAACGGGUGAGCUGUGGAAUGCUGGAACAGCAGCCAAUGUCUACAUUUCUAUCUAUGGGUCAAAAGGAGAUACAGGAUGUAGACAACUAGUUCAAUCAAAGAGCUCCUUUUGUUUUUUAAGAGGACAAACUGAUACCUUCUUCCUGGAAGCUGUACACCUUGGAGAGUUGUGCAAGAUUGUGAUAGGCCAUGAUGGACUUGGCCCAGGGAAUGGCUGGUUUCUUGAUGAUAUUGUGGUCAAGGAUCCCACAACAAACCACGAGUAUGCCUUCUUCUGUCAUAGAUGGCUGGAUCAAGAGGAAGAUGAUGGUAAAAUUGUCAGAGAAAUAUAUGCCAGGGCUAAUAGUAUCUUCGCUGUGAGGAAGAAACUAGAACAUAAGAAAAAAGAAAUAUGGGCUGCCGAGAGCUGGAAGUUCAUGAAAGGAAACAUGGUUCAGUUCUAUAACAAGCUGACUGGAGGGUUUGUUCGUCUGCAUCCAGAUGGCAGAGUAGAUGCUGUUGGAGAGAAGACAGAUAAAUAUGGUCUUUUUGAUAUUAUUUUCAACAAAGGAAAUAUAUGCAUUUUUCAGAGUCAUGAGUUGAGACAUCUUUCUCUUGCUCUUGACAACGGUGUUGCUGGUGGAGGAGCCCCCACGGAGCUGCGGGUGCUUUACCAACCCAGCGGCUGUGCUCUUCUUGAGUCAGCGCUGGUUCCUGGCCACACAGUGAUCUUUGAUCACAGUGGGAAAAGGAUUAAUGAGUCAUCAGCAGGUUAUGCAGAACUUUCAAAAGAAUUUGUGAUUUUUGUCAAGGGAGUAUUCCUCAACAGUGCUGUGAUUAUACUUGCUACAAGCCUGUGUCAGGCCUUGUGUCUACAGCCCGAUGGGACCUGUACUGGAGCUGGAAGCCAGUCUGAAAAAUCCUAUUGGAGAGUGCAUAAAAUCAGUUUUGGGAUUUGCAUGUUUGAAAGUGUGAAAAACACACAGAUGUAUCUGAGGAUUAAGGAUGGUCAUUGUGAUGGAACAGGAAAUGGAGAUAUGUACUGUCAUUUUAAAAUUAAGAAGAACUUGGAAAAUGCAUCCAUAAGUCUAGAGUCUACAAAUAGCCCAGGGUUGUUUGUUGGAUUACAACCAGAUGGACAGACAAAACCAGUCAUUUAUACCAAAGAUGAAAAUGUUUGCUUCUAUCCACGAGUCAUCCAAUUUGGCAGAGAAAACCCAAUGGGAAUGUCUGCAACACCCAGCCAAGGGGAAGAGAUGACCCAUGAGUCAAACAACCAGAAAGCAAUAGCAGCAGAGUCUGAGACCAGGAGGCCUUUACCAUUUUCAGUGUCAACAGAAAUCAAACAUUCCCAGAUUAGCAAGACUCUUCUGUCAGAAGAGAAUUGGAAGGUGUUAGUGCUGACUGGAGAUACAGGGACUCAGGCCAAUGUCACACUGUGGGUGUAUGGAGAUGAAGGAGUCACUGGACCAAUUCGUCUUAAAAAGGAUGGUCCAGAGCUGCUCUUUCUUCCAAGACAGAAGGACGAGUUUCAGAUUGAAAUAAGAAGCAUUGGAGAGAUAUACAAGAUAAGGAUAGGACAUGACGGAACUAGUGGACAACCAGAGUGGAGCUUGCAGAAGGUAACUUUGCAACAUAUGAAGAGCAAUAAGAUACUAGAUUUUGAAGCAAAUGUGUGGCUCUCUCGGAUGCAAGUAGAUGGGGACAUUGUCUGUGAGCUUCCUGUAGUGAAAGGAGGCCAACCUGUUUUUCCAGUAGUGAGAUACUGUGUUGAUGUGUAUACUGGGCAGUUAAAACAAGCAGAUACAGAGUGUGAGGUUUCCCUGUGUCUCUAUGGGGAGAGGGGAGACUCUGGACUUCGACUGCUAUGCAAAUCCAACAUGCCAGUAAGAUUCCAAAAAGGACAGAUUGAUACAUUUCAAAUAGAAGCAGUGUCCCUUGGAAAACUGCAGAAGGUGCUAUUGCACUGUGAAGCCAGUGACAAGUCCCAGUACUGGUACUGUGAAAAAGUCAUAGUCAGAGAGCCUGGUAGAACAUCUGAAUCGAUCUUCAUCUGUGAAAGAUGGAUUCCCUUCAUGUCUCAGGGCAUCAUUUAUUCAGAAAUUGAACUUUAUCUUCAAGGUGAGGAUUAAUGAAAAUGGCACUUGAAGAAUGGGCAAGAUGAUUUUGUUUCACCGGGACCACAUGGAAGAUGAUUUCCCAAAUUGUUAGUACAUCCCCUCUGCUAGUGUUACAUUAACAGUUACUCUUACAAUGAAGAUAUAAAUCCAUGGACAUAUGUGUGUUGGGAUUGUUAUAUGCCUAUGUGUUAAAAAUCAACCUAAGCACUUGUAACUCAAGAUUACACUUCUUCCCCUCCACUUAUAAAUUCAUCACGCAGAUCUAUUAUUAACUACACUUCACUUUUAUUUUUGCAGAAAUGCAAAUAAGUCAUCAACCCAAAAUACAAGAGGAAGCAAAUGGUAAAUGUUGUCACUUUUCAUCUUUUUAUAAAAAAUUAUUUAUUUAUUUGUUUGAGAGAGUGAGUGACAGGAAAAAAGAUAAGAGGGAGAGAGAGAG